ACAACGUGCACAGUUGUUGCUACUCCUGAUGUUAAUAGCUUGCAAAAAUGGAGAAUAUAACCGAAGGAAAGUGGGAAAGUCUUCCUGUGAAACUUAACGACAGUAUUUUGCAGACGCUCGACGAAUUGGGAUUUACGUAUAUGACACCAGUUCAGUCGGCCUGCAUUCCUCUAUUUAUGAACAAUAAAGAUGUGGCUGCCGAAGCGGUAACUGGCAGCGGGAAAACGCUGGCAUUUGUAAUUCCCAUAUUAGAGAUUCUGCUUAAACGCGAGGAGAAACUGAAGAAAAUGCAGGUCGGAGCGUUGAUUGUCACUCCCACACGUGAACUAGCCCUUCAGAUAAGCGAGGUAAUGGAGCGUUUCAUCCAGAGAUUCCCUCAGUUCAGGCAGAUACUUUUGAUAGGAGGGAGCAACCCUAUUGCGGACGUAGAGAAGUUCAAAUCUCUCGGGGCAAAUAUUGUGAUUGGAACACCAGGCCGUCUAGAGGACAUGUUCCGGAGGAAGGCCGAUGGGUUGGACCUGGCUAGCUGCAUGAAGACACUGGAUGUCCUUGUUCUGGAUGAGGCUGACCGGCUGUUGGAUAUGGGCUUUGAAGCAAGUCUGAAUGCCAUCCUGGGGUACCUGCCCAAGCAGAGGCGCACUGGGCUGUUCUCAGCCACCCAGACCCAGGAGCUGGAGAAGCUUGUGAGGGCAGGCCUGCGCAACCCGGUUCGCAUCACCGUGAAGGAGAAGGGCGUGGCAGCCAGCAGUGCGCAGAAGACGCCCGCCAGGCUCAGCAACUACUACAUGAUUUGCCGAACAGAGGAGAAGUUCAACACCUUGGUGGCGUUCCUCAGACAGCACAAGCACGAGAAGCAGCUGGUCUUUUUCAGUACCUGUGCCUGCGUGGAGUACUACGGCCGGGCCCUGGAGGCCCUAGUAAAGAAUGUCACCAUCCACUGCAUCCAUGGCAAGAUGAAGCAAAAGCGAAAUAAGAUCUUCUCUGAGUUUCGGAAGUUAAAGAGUGGCAUCUUGGUGUGUACCGACGUCAUGGCUCGAGGUAUUGACAUCCCAGAAGUCAACUGGGUGCUACAGUAUGACCCGCCCAGCAGCGCAAGUGCUUUCGUUCAUCGGUGUGGACGCACCGCACGCAUUGGCAACCAGGGCAGCGCCCUUGUCUUCCUGCUGCCCAUGGAGGAGUCGUACGUCAACUUCCUGUCCAUCAAUCAGAAAUGUCCACUGCAGCGCAUGUCCCCAGUGAAAGAUGUGGUGGACGUGUUGCCCAAGCUCAAAGCUAUGGCCCUGGGUGAUCGUGCAGUGUUCGAGAGGGGAGUGCGAGCCUUCGUCUCCUAUGUCCAGGCUUACGCCAAGCAUGAGUGCAGCCUUAUAUUCCGGGUCAAAGAUUUGGACUUUGCUGCCCUGGCCCAUGGCUUUGCCCUGCUUCGGAUGCCCAAGAUGCCAGAGUUAAGGGGCAAAACAUUCCCUGACUUCACUGAAGAGGCCGUGGAUACAGACUCCAUCCGUUACAAGGACAAAAACAGAGAGAAACAGAGACAGAAGAUGCUGGCAGAGCUGAAGGAGAAGGAGAGGCCAACCCCUGGCAGGAAGAACUUCAUUAAGAACAUGGCCUGGUCUAAGCAGAAGUCCAAAAAAGACAGGAGGAAGAAGAUUGCUGCCAAAAGAAAGCUAGAUGAGGGGUCAGACAUGGAAGACGAGGACAUGCAAGAACUACUUAGUGACACGCGGCUGCUGAAAAAACUCAAGAAGGGAAAAAUCAGUGAAGAGGACUUUGAGAAGCAAGUGACCGGGGGAGGGAAGUCCCAGCACAAAACAGGGCAACCACAGGGGGAAGACGUAGGAACGGAUGACGAAAUAUGAAGGAAACCCACAAGGCCACCCAACCACCAGACCUUCAUGUUCUCUUGAGAUGCCACAUGGCUCUGUGUGGUAAACCGUUGCCUUGGUCCCAGAGUGUGCGCACUCUUCCAGGUGUGACUGAAAGUUUAUCUGCACCAUUCUGUCUAGUGGGCACCUCUGACAGCCAGUCACAGCCAUGUUUCUUGGCAUCAGGUGGAAUGGACAGUAACAGUGGAGUUCCUGUAUGCUGAUGUUCUAAUGAAGAACAGUGUGGUCAGCUGCAGCCCAAAGGACUCUCCCUGAAUGCCUACUCCAACGCGACGUAUUAUAUCCACCAACUGCAGUUAGAAUUUACCCAGAAAUACUAUUGAGAUGCUCCUCUCCUCCAGGACCACUGUGUGUACACCAAUCCUAUCAAGGCAACCAAGCCUUUGUGCUUGGCAGCAGAGUAUGGGCAUACAUCUCUUUGACUUGGUGCUAUUAUUUUUUGAUGAAUUUUUAAGCAAUUGCCUACAUCCAACACACAGAAGUACGCCCCAACAAGUACUACCUAACCCUCUGUAUCCUCCCAGUGCCAUCAAUAUUUAUGAAUUAAAAGUCACUUCUGAAUAU